UGUCCCCUGUCACUGUCCCCUGUGACAUCCCCUGUCCCUGUCCCUGUCCCCAGAGCGGUGGCUGCGCUAUGGGCAGGAGGAGCCGGCGGGCAGCCGACAGCUCGUCCUCGGGGGAGGAGGAGGAGUAUGUGGUGGAGAAGGUUCUGGAUCGGCGCGUGGUGAGGGGCCAGGCCGAGUACCUGCUCAAGUGGAAGGGCUUCUCCGAGGAACACAACACGUGGGAGCCCGAGAAGAACCUGGACUGCCCCGAGCUGAUCUCGCAGUUCCUGCGCAAGGACCGCAGGAUGAGGGACAUGAGGGACGGCAGGGACAGCGAGGGCCCCCCCCCCCGCCAAGAAAAAGAGAGAGGUGAGAGAGGGGACACGGGGACAUGGGGACAUGGGGAUGGCAGGGCCAAGAAAAAGAGAGAGAGCAACGACAUCGCCCGCGGCUUCGAGCGGGGGCUGGAGCCCGAGAAGAUCAUCGGGGCCACCGACUCCUGCGGGGACCUCAUGUUCCUCAUGAAGUGGAAGGACACGGACGAGGCUGACCUGGUGCUGGCCAAGGAGGCCAAUCUCAAGUGUCCCCAGAUCGUCAUCGCGUUCUACGAGGAGCGGCUGACGUGGCACGCGUACCCCGAGGAGGGCGAGGGCAAGGAGCGGGACCCGCCCCGCAGCUGAGCCCCAAAACCCCCAAAAACCCCCAAAACCUGUACAUAGCCCCCAGCCGGGCACCCCCGGCACCCCCCGUCCCCCCAUCCCUGCCAGUGUCCCCAGGGACAGGCCUGGGCUGUCCCCGAUUCGGGCUGUCCCCGAUUCGGGCUGUCCCCGAUUUGGGCUGUCCCCAUUUUGGGGUGACCCCGUUCU